GUCAGUACUGAACGCCUCACUGUCCUAGCGUCCACUCGGCGUUAUUCAGUAUCUCUUCAAAAAGAGAAGCAUGCUAUCUUUCGGAAGUUAAGCCCAAUCGACAAGCCUCACUAGAACGACUCAAGUUUCAUUUUCGAUCAAACUUUAUUUUUCAAAGUUUUCUUACUGCUGAAGUUAUUUUGGACACAAACUAUGGCCUCCGCAGGAGUUGCCUGUCUGCCUGCUGUACGCAGGAUCGCUGUCUUCGGAGGAACUCACGGCAAUGAACUGUCCGGGGUAUUUUUGGUCAGACAUUGGCUGAGGGACAAAUCUGAGAUCCAGCGUGGUACGUGUGAGGUUCAACCCUUCCUGACCAACCCGACGGCUGUAAUGAGGUGUACCCGCUACGUGGACUGUGAUUUGAACCGAGCCUUUACUGCGGAAAACCUGAGCAUGCUGCCCUGUGACUCCAUGCCCCAUGAAGUUAAAUUAGCACAGCAAAUAAAUCAGAUGUUUGGACCAAAAGGUAGUGAAAACGCCUAUGAUCUUGCUUUAGAUCUUCACAACACAACAGCCAACAUGGGGAACUGUCUGAUCUUGAAGACCUGCAAUGAUGAUUUUACCAUUCAGCUGAUUAAUUACAUCAAGAAUACGCUGGCAUUUAGUAACUGUCACGUGCUUCUGCUCGAUAACCCCGCCAUUCAAUAUGGUGCACUAAGAAUGGUUGCAAAGCACUCUAUAGGUCUCGAAGUAGGCCCUCAGCCUCAAGGAGUGGUCAGGGCGAACAUUUUGGAAAACAUGAGGAAGCUGGUGAAUAGUGCUUUGGAUUUCACACAUUUCUACAAUGAAGGCAAGGAAUUCCCCCCGUGUACCAUUGAUGCUUACAAAGCUUUUGAGAAAGUCAACUACCCGAGGGAUUCAGAAGGACAGAUUAUUGGCAUCAUUCAUCCUCAGCUGCAGGAUAAUGACUGGAAUCUACUGAAUCCAGGCGACCCCUCAUUCCUGACCUUGGAUGGAAAGACCAUUCCUUACAACGGAAGCAGACCUGUGUAUCCAGUGUUUGUGAAUGAAGCCGCUUAUUAUGAGAAGGAGCUGGCCUUUCUGUUAACUCAGAAAGUUACUCUAAAGGCAAACAGUGUGAAGGUUUCUAAAAAUUAACUCAAACAAUUCCUCUGGAGGUCUUAAGAGCAGUAAACCAGACCAAAGACUAAUGCCAUCAAUGCUGUGCACAAUAAGUGGGGAAAAAAAGUGUUGCUGCUUUUGAUUGUGUUUUUUUUUAAAAAAAGGAGGAGGGUAAAGGUGCUUCCAAUCUCUUUUGAACAGUCGGCUGAGGAAAAGCAGGCACUGCAAGGUGACGCAAGUUUGGGUUUCUUUUCCCCAAACCUGGUGGGAAAGGGAGAACUUGGCUGAAGUGAGGUAUUAAGUAUGUCUGUCGUCUUCUUCUGCAGCCCAUCACAGCUGCAAGGGGCAUAGACAGCUCGCCCGAGCCCUCUGUCCUGGACCAGUCCUUCAAGUUGCCCCCAGGUGAAGCCCAUCUUCAACGAUCCUUCCUCUCCUAGGGAUGAGGGCAUUUCUGUAGCUGUGGGUUCUUGGCACCAUCCGUGGCGUAUGUCCACUCAACUGAAAACAGUUUGAAAAUCUUGAACUUUGAGCUGUUAACCCUGACUUUCCAGGACUCAUGGCCAAGCAGCAUUAGAAGAGUGCUGACUAAAUGUCACGUCAUUGAGGAAUUAUUCAUUGAUGAAAUUUGAAUUAAUUUCCCCUUUAUCCACUGGGCACUGAAAUGUAGCUUCACUUCAGACCCUGUUAGGACAUCAUGAUUCAAAUUUACAACAGUACAAGUUUUCAUGUUGUUCUGAUUUCUGAUGCUUCACUCUGAUAAGCAGUUACAGAAAGGCAAAGUACCUUUUUUAAAAAAAAAUGGUUAAAAUUCUUUGUAAACUGCAGAUAAGACACCUUGUUAAGAUUCAUAAGAUCAUGAUAUAUAGGAGCAGAAUUAGGCCAUUUGGCCCAUCAAGUCUGCUCCGUCAUUUCAUCAUGGCUGAUCCAUUUCCCUCUCAGCCCCAGUCUCCUGCCUUCUCCCCCCCGUAUCCCUUCAUGCCCUGACUAAUCAAGAAUCUGUCAACCUCUGCCUUAAAUAUACCCAAUGUUUUCACCUUCACAGCUGCCUGUGGCAACGAAUUCCACAGAUCCACCACUCUCUGGCUGAAGAAAUUCCUCCUCAUCUCUGUUCUAAAUGGACGUCCCUCUGUUUUGACACUGUGCCCUCUGGUCCUAGACUCCCCAACCACGGGAAACAUCCACUCUAUCGAGGCCUUUCAACAUUCGAUAGGGUUCAAUGAGAUUCCUCUCUCGUUCUUGUGAAUUCCAGUGAGUACAGGCCCAGAGCCAUCAAACGCUCCCCUUAUGAUGAGCUUUUGGAUGUGGAGAGGAUGGGAGGAUGGGAGGUUGGGAGGUCCAUAAAUAAUAUGGACCUACAUAAUGUAUAACAAGCCUGUCAUGACAAUGUCAGUGAGUAUGGAACCGAGGUGAGGUGCAGGAAACACACACAAAAUGGUGGAGGAACCCAACAGGCCAGGCAGCAUCAGUGGAAAAGAGCAAACAAUUGACACUACAAGCUGAGACUCUUCUUCAGUCCAAAACGUCGACUGAUUGCUGUUUUUCCAUGGAUGCUGCCCGGCCCGCUGAGGUCCUCCAGCAUUUUGCAUGUGUUGCUUUGAUUUCCAGCGUCUGCAGAUUUUCUCUUGUAGGCGAGGUGUAACUUAGCUUUAAGUAUUCAGCGCAUCACUGGACACAGAAAACCAGGGUGGAAAUGGGAAAACUACUGCAAUUUCUGUAGAGACCAGGAGAUAGGUCUCUAGUGCGUCCACAGUAGCUUUCUCAUUUCCAGCAAGUCCAAAGGCAAAGGAUUGUUCAGUUAACCUCCCAUCACCACAACAGGGACAGAGUUCCCCUUGUCCUCACCUACCACCCCACCAGCCUCUGGAUCCAGCACAUAUCCUCCGCGACUUCCGCCACCUUCAAUAGGACCCCACCACUAAGCACAUCUUACCCUCUCUACCCCUCUCCGCUUUCCGCGGGGAUCGUUCUCUCCGCGACUCCCUGGUCCACACGUUCCUCCCCACGGAUCUCCCACCUGGCACUUAUCCCUGCAAGCGUAAGUGCUACCCCUGUCCCUCCACCUCCUCUCUUGCCACCAUUCAGGGCCCCAAACAGUCCUUCCAGGUGAGGCAACACUUCACUCGUGAGUCUGUUGGGGUCAUCUAUUGCAUCCGGUGCUCCCGGUGCGGCCUCCUCUACAUCGGUGGAACCCGACGCAGAUUGGGGGACCGCUUCGUCGAGCACCUCCGCUCCGUCCGCCACAACAGACAGGAUCUCCCGGUUGCCACCCACUUCAACUCUGCUUCACAUUCCCAUUCAGAUAUGUCCAUACAUGGCCUCCUCUACUGCCAUGAUGAGGCUAAACUCAGGUUGGAGGAGCAACACCUCAUAUACCGUCUGGGUAGUCUCCAGCCCCUUGGCAUGAACAUUGAAUUUCCUCCCCCUCCCUUCCCCCAUCCCAGUUUCACUCUGCCCCCUCCCCCAGCUGCCUACCACCUCCCUCAUGGUUCCGCCUCCUUCUACUACCCUUUGUGUUUUCACCGUUCCUUCUUCACCUUUCCUGCCUAUCCCCUCCCUGCUUCCCCUCCCCCACCCCUUGAUCUUUCUCCUUACUGGUUUUUCACCUGGAACCUACCAGCCUUCUCCUUCCCACCCUCCUCCCACCUUCUUUAUAGGGCCCCUACUCCCUCCCUGUUCAGUCCUGACGAAGGGCCUGGGCCCGAAACGUUGGCUGAUCGUUUCCACGGAUGCUGCCCGACCUGCUGAGUUCCUCCAGCGUGUUGUGCGCAUUGCUUUAACCCCAGCAUCUGCAGAGUAUUUUGUGUAAAGGAAAGGUCUUUAUUUUUCUCCAAAGGAAACCAGUAAUAAGGUUGGGCUAUGCAUUACACUCAGUCUUAUAGUUUAUAUUAAUCUUCAUGAGAUCUUUACAGGCCUUGUCCUCUUGAAUUCACUUCUCAAGAACCCUGCUCUUGAAGGUAGAUGAAGCCGGUGGAUGAGAGAUGAGUCUGUGAUCUGCUAAAGCUCUUCAAACUUGACUUGAGGAACUUUAGUUGAGUUAUUAUGGGAAACCCCACAUCCUGGCCAUGGUGUGCUGUGAAACUGACGUGUUAUUAUCGUGAAGCUGUUUGCAUCCUCUCGUUAGAUCCCCACGUUCCAGCUUCAUCUCAAGCUAGACGUGUGGGUGGCUCAGCAUCAAUGCUACUAAAAGUUGUAUUUCGGUGGAGAUGGGGGUAACUUCCCGUUAUAAAAAUGCCAUAUUUGUCUGAGCUGAGGAUAACCAGUCCUUGAGACUGGGAAUGAGAAUCGAGAUCAAUCAAUAUAGAAGCAAUAAGUUUUAUCCCUGGAGCGGAGGAGAUGCGCCCGGUUACAGAUCUUCCCCAGGCAGGAUUCCGUUCCUCUGACCUGUUCGUAACUCCAACCCGUUCAAAAUGCGGCCACGAACCGGGUUCCCACAUGAUGGAAGUUACCUGCAGCCAGCUAAAGCAUGGUAGCGGAUUCCCAAGUACUCAAUCUUAUGUACGGCUGGAUGCAAGUCAGGUGUUCAUAACAUGCAGAGGACCUUUCUACAGUCGAACUGCAGUUCUGAACUUUGAUCUAACAAUGUUUUCCAUUCAUGACCUGAAAAGUAAUUUUUUUUCAAAGUUAAUUUUUGAAGUUAUGUAUUUCUCCCCCACCUAAUAGCUAAACUACCAAGUAACUUUUUACUUCAUUCUAACUCAUAGGUUCUUCAAAUGUAAUAAUUUCAGAAAAUGCCACAGUUAUACAAUAUUUAUUUUAUAAAUGAGAGGAUUAUAAAGUUCAUAUUUUAACCAAUCUCAGGGCAAAAAUUAAUAUAAAACUGACUACAGACUAAUUUUCAGUGGUAUUUUCCCAACCAGGUUUUUCUUGUUUGAUUUUUUUUUUCUCAAUUUGAUAAUUUUACUCUUUUUCAAGCAUGUUAAUCAUUAGAAAUGUCUACAAAUUUAGUAUUUUUAAAAAGUUAGAUCUACUUUAAUAGUGUUUUUGGUUUUGAAGUUUAGUGGUAAGUAUCAUGUUUAAUUAAGCAAAACCUAACCUUGUCAGGGAGCCUUCCCAGGCAUACUGUAUGUGACAUUCAUAUGUUGAAUGUCUACUUUCUUUCUGAAAAAUAGCAAUUAUAAUGUGUAGACAGAAAUAUUUCUUUUGCUUAACAAUUUCUUCAUUUUUGAUAUAUUUUGUUUUGAACCAUCAAUGUGUUUCUCUGGUCAGUAUUAAAAUAUAUUUAAAAGGUUUAAAAAUAAAGCUGAAAUGAAAAUGAUUAUCUUA